UUAGCUCUGACGGAGUCCAGAGAGCCCUUUUGGACUGCAGUCUGUGUGUGUGUGUGAGUGAUCAAAGCCUCAUUUUAGUCUGGCUGACAUGAAAGGUAAUCGCCAUUGAUGAAGGACCAGAGUACGGCGCACACAUGGGGAAAUUCCAGCUCUUGUUCACACCUUUCUCUAAGGUCACUGACCUCUGAACAGGUUUCAGUCCAGUUGGACUUCUUUCUGCCAAUGAAAGUGGAUUUUCAAGAAUCAAAUGAACUUUUUUUAUGAAGUGAGGAGAUGGUAAAGGUGUACAGACUCUAUGUGGAAAUAUUAGCAGCUCUGGCCUUAAGCAAAUACUGCCUGGCAGAAGGGAAUGCCACUGACGUGUCCACCGGUCGAACUCCUCUGCACUGUCACCUCCAUGGCCACAGAGACAACUGCACAGCAAAAGCAGAAACACAAACAACAACAACAACAACAGAUCCGUGGAGUGGCCACUUCUCAAUAUGCCCUGAGGAGCUGAAACAUUACUGCAUCCAUGGAGAGUGUCGUUACGUUCAGGAGCAGAACACACCCUCCUGCAGGUGUCACAGUAAUUACUUUGGCUCACGGUGUGAAUAUCUGGACUGGGAAGCACAAAAAGGACACAAACGACGAAUAUUAAUAGGCUGCAUCAUUGCAGGACUUGUGGUCUUGACUGCCCUUGUUAUGUCCAUCUGCAUCUAUUCACAUCGCAGGUACAGACGGUGUUGCCAGAAACAGAGGGAAGAGCCAAGGAAUGGGACAGAGAAGCUCAGUAUGAUGGACACCAGAGCGGUGCACACAACCUCUGCAGAGGACUCUGCAGAGCUAACACACACCAACUCUGUGUGAGGACUGGGUAAUGUGUAAACAUGCUGGUACAGUUGCAGGCUUUAGUCUCACUCUGACAGCAGGGACAGGCAGUCCUCAGACAGCAAGGAGGUCUAACAGGAAGAACGCAACAACGAAUGUCUCUCCUCUGCUUCUGAAGAGCGGCCAUGUUUGAAACUUCAAAGAGACUUUGGCAAAACAAACACGGAACUGAAUUUAGGAUAAAAAAUGUAUCGGAAUGUUCAUCUGCUUGUAUGCUGAUGAGGACUUAUUUUUUGGUUGCUGUGAAGCAACAGACCUGUCACUGAGGCCCACUGAUUGCAGAGCACAAAAUAAAUUGUUGCUAUGUAGGAAUAAGCGGUGACGCCAGCUGGCAGCCAGUGAUAAGAGCCAGUCAGGCUGGUGCAUUAAGGAGGAGACACUUUGACACAAAUGUUGGAGGAAAGGGACCGAGGGAAGAAGCUACGCUCUGUUUUUUUGCUCUAGAAAAAUAAAAGACAAGUCCAUGAACUUUUACAAAUCAUUGUACAACAGCAACUGCAGCUGGCUUGUGUUCACCUCGUAAUACUGCUACUUUGUUUACAGCUUCUCACAGUGUUUCAUUAUCGGCGCCACGUAAUCAACAGUCAUCCCACGUGUUCACCUUAGCUUGCACAGAAUAUUGUUACUUACCUACAUUAGCAAUGCAAGAAGUGCCCCACAUUUCCCUCAAGCUGCAGUUUAAUUUAGGGUUGAAAAGAGGACAAGAAGAUCUUGUGCUGGAAGCUUUAUUUAAUCUGUAUAUUUGGAGCUAAGAAGCCUCAGAGCUACACAGAACAGCUCAGCCUGUGUGUGCAGGCUGAACGUGCACUGUAUGAGACGGUUUCCAAACCGACAACCCUUUUUUUUGUUUAGUUUUACUGAAUGUUUUUCUUUACAUGGUCAUUCAGUCAGUUCAGAAAGCCUCCUGACAUUAUCACCUGUCAAUAAACAUGCCUUUUGUAUUUGUA